AUGCCAACGACAAAAGAACCCGUUUCGCACGAAACCUCUUGUCCGCAUGCCGGUUCACCUGACCCCUCGGUGGGUAUCCACCGUGGCUUGCCCGAUUUCCUAAGCUCCGUGAGCUUGAAGUACGUGAAAUCCGGCUACUGCCAUCUCAUUAGCCACGGCAAGUAUUUCGCGUGCUCGAUUCUCAUGGUGAUGCUCAGCACACAAGCUGGAAAGAUAACUUGGGAUGUCUUUUCCUUGGGAUGUUACAGCCUGGUGAACGUUCUUCUGCUCUUGGGCUUCUUCUCCCUGGCUACUUUUGUUGUUCUUGAUUUUGUUCCUCGUUCGACUUAUCUUGUCGAUUUCGCUUGCUACCUGCCACCAGAUGAACUUAAGAUAACAAAAGAAGAAUACAUAGAGCUAGCCAAGAAAUCAGGUCAAUUCACCCCUGCAUCCAUAGACUUCCAACGGAAAACCCUCGAAACUUCCGGUCUCGGCAACCAGACAUACCUCCCUCGCUCGGUUUUCCUCCCGAACCACAAAACCGACCUCGGCCAUAGCCGGGAGGAGGCUGCCCUGCUCAUCUACGGCGCGGUGGACAGCCUCUUUUCCGCCAUCUCCUCCGGUAGCCGCCGCCGCCUCCGGCCAAGGGACGUGAAAAUCCUCAUCGUAAAUUGCGGUCUCCUCAACACCACCCCUUCCCUCUCGGCAAUGAUCGUCAACCGCUACAAGCUCGGCCGCGGAACACAGAGCUUCAACCUCGGCGGCAUGGGCUGUGCCGCCGGAGUAGCCGCCAUCGACCUCGCCGGAGACCUUCUGAAGAAGGGUGGUUACCCGGGCUCGUACGCGCUGGUUGUCAGCAUGGAGGCCGUGGGGCCCGCCUGGUACGUCGGCAAUGACCCGGAAAUUGUGCUCCCGAACUGCUUCCUGCGGAUGGGGGCUGCAGCCGUGUUGCUGUCCAGCUGUCGCCUCGACAGGUGGCGAGCAAAGUACCGGUUGAAGCAGGUUGUAAGAACUCACAGAGGGAUGGAUGGCAGAAGCUUCGAAAGCAUACAACUGAAAGAGGACUCACAGGGAAGACAGGGACUGUCGAUAAGUAAUGAUGUUGUAGAAGUCGGUAUGCAUGUCCUAAAGGCACACACCGCAGGCCUAAGCUCUCUCGUCAGGCCCGGGCCUGGGCCCAACUGCAAGUUGACAUUUGAGCACGUCUGCAUUCUUGCGACGAGCAAGAGAAUGCUGGACGAGGUUCAGAAGAAUCUGGACCUGACGGAUGAAAGCAUGGAAGCUUCUAGAAAGACGCUGGAGAGAUUCGGGAACACGUCGAGCAGUAGCAUCUGGUAUGAGCUGGCUUAUUUGGAGGCUAAGAAGAGGAUCAAGAGUGGGGAUAGGGUGUGGCAACUGGCCUUGGGCUCUGGGCUCAAGUGUAACAGUGUGGUUUGGGAAGCUGUUAGAACUGUUGAGCAGAUUAGUAGGAAGCCAUGGAAUGUUUAG